AUGUUUUGUCUGAAGGUUGAGGGAGUCUUUUAUAUUAAUGAUUUACUUGAAAAGCUGAUGUUUGAUGAACUGAAGCAUUUUGCAGGAACCCAAGGUAAUCCAAGUCACUUAUUUUAAUUUUAUAAAUGCUUCAAAUAAAACAAUAUUACCAUUAAUCCAGAGAAGGGUUAAUACUAUUUUUGGGAUAGAACUGGGGUUCUUUCUCCUCUAUUCUGGAAUCAGAAUAGUCAGGAUUCAUGAUAUCUCUAUUAUUUUUUGUUCGAUAAUUUUCAAGGUAUUGGAGGGUUUCUUCCUGGUGUCAAGCAGAUUGCAAAUGUGGCAGCUUUACCUGGAAUUGUUGGUGUA